CAGAAAAGAUGGAGGGUGCACAAAAGAGGCGGUGUCUCGUGGGGAUAAGAACAAGCCGGCGCAAUGAGGCCAUGCGCAUAGUGGACCUGAGACACCACCCAUUCCAUAUCAAAAACAAAAUCAGAGACUGAAACAAGACCCAGGCUCCAACAAAAUGGACUAUUUCCAAGUAUUUGAAAAGCUUCAAACAGCUGUGGAGAGGAAGAAAAGUUUCACAGUCCAGAGUGAGGCAGAUGCAUGAAAACAAGCUCUCUUCUAUAACUGAUUCUUUUUUGAAAGCCAGGAGGGCAUAAGCAAAGACCUAGAUCUCCAGGGACUAGAUCUCAAUUUGAAAUUAUGUUUGAAGAAAACAUGACUUCAAAGUAUUUAACCAGGUCUACCUGUCCAGAAGAACCCCAAGAAACUAAAACCGCAAUUUCCAAUGUUUUGGGGCUCCAGGAAAGCUUGGGAUAUGGCCCAGCAGACAACAGUAGUGAAGGAUCUCCUACUGCCAAUGACUUCUCAGUAAAUUCGACUUCAUUGCAGCACCAUCUUCUCAGCCUGAAGAAGCAGAUGUCCAGGCAAAAGGCAGAGUAUGAAGCUAAAAUUACAAGCCUGGAGCAGCGGACCAAAGAGCUGCAAUCAGAGAUUAAGGAUCUACAUUCAAAACUGGGUCAGCAGCGGAAGUGGUACAGUCUGGUGGAGAUUAAAAUGCGAAAUGCAGAAAGGGCACGGGAAGAUGCAGAAAGAAGAAACGAAAUGCUUCAAAGGGAAAUGGAAGAGUUUUUUGAUACCUUUGGGGAAUUAACAAACGAUGUGAAGAAGACAGAGAGAAAAUUGUUCAAAGUUUUUAAAUCAAUGAACUAGAUCAGUUUGAAAAAAAGAGCUAAUAUUUGAUUAAAUGGUUACUCUUUUCAAUGCAGAAAUUAGAUUCUGAAUCUUAAAAUAAGCUUAGUAAUAAAAUUAAACUUCUUUAAACUUUUCAUACAAAUGGGAUAGAAUUGCAGCAUUUUAUUAAACCAAGUAAGUAAUGCCUAUUAACUUUAAAUAGCAUAAAUCUGAUUUUGAAAGUUUUGUUAAAAAUUAUUUUUGCCUGCUCAUAUAAAAAUCUUGUAUUUGUUCAAGACAAUCCAAAAACUGCAGUGAGAACAGCACACUAAUAAGUCACGUCAGCACUGAGUGGAAGAAAAAAAUCUUUAUUUGAACCCAUGCGAAGCAGAAUUGAUUAUAUUUCAGUCUAUCCAUUUCUCCAGCCACAGAGUAACUAACCAAAUAGCCUUAUUACAGUUAUACUUGUAAAUUAUCAAUAUAGUUUCUCUAGUCACUAGCAUCAACACCAACUAAUGAGCAACCAAGGUCAAUUCAGACGCAUGUCAAAGAGUUUAAAAACUUGAAUUUUCCAAAAGCAAAACCAGAACAAUAAUCAACACAGUUUAUAUUCUGAACACUGGGAUAACUGAUGGCCUGUGUUAUGAUGGGAUACAAACAAUAAAUUAUGUAUUUAUGGCUACCGAUUGCCAGUUUUCAGAGACAAGAAGAAUACAUAAUUGAGUGACAUUGUAUUACAAAAAUGGAGGACAUAUUUGUAAGUCAUUUCAGUGCCUACGGCUAGUUGCAUUUUUCCUCCUCUUCAGUACCAGUCAGACAAUUGUUUUUCUCUGUUCAGAAUGAAAGAGCAAUUCCAGAUGGUUUCUGCCAAAAACGAAGUAUACAGAAAGAAAAUUCCCUUUUUUGAACAUUCCUUACCAUUGUCAAUUUUUUAAAGAAACUUACUCAGAUGAAUUAUGUAAAAUAAACCUUCUUGAUUUUUUUUUUAAAUCUAUUUGGUCACCAACUAGUCUAUUUGGAAAAAAACUAAUGCUACUUGGAUAUUUUUUCAGAUAAUGAGGUCUCAAGCGAUACAUGCCAUUUUCAGAUCAAAUCAAUAGGAAAAAGAUUUUUUUUUUUUUGCAAAAAGUAAGUAUUUUAAAGAAAAGCAAAUCCCCAAUUGGUCAGUGUGAUCUGUAUUCACCAAAUUACUUAAUUAUAAUCACACUUCAAUGUUUUGCUAACUAGAAGUGGGAUUAUUCAUGUGUUUAUUUAUAGCACGUACCUAACUACUUUGCUGCAUCGGGACCUACUUUCAGCAUAUGGUGAUGUCUGGAGUUAAGGGCCACAAGAGUGUCUAUUAUAUAGUUUCUUAGUUCCUAACUUUCUCAAACUUAAUUCUCAAACUGAAGUUCUGUGUGUUCAAUCCAAGGGCACAUAUUUCGGAAAGCUUGAGCAUACACAGUUCAGUUUUGCAAUAAAAAAAGAUACACUUCUCCCAUGUGAAGAGAAGAAAAGAAGAAGUGUGACUUUGUUAAAGGCUUCUCUUGUGCUUUACCUGGAGGCAAUAAAAGCUUGAGAUUUAUCAGGGAGAGUGGCCCAAUGAGCAAAUUUUGAUUGUACGGGCGGAGGGGGGGGAAGCGGAGUCAUGUUUGCCUUAAUCUGGUCAUAAGGGCUAAAAACAAACAAAUCCCAAAGCCUUACUCUCUGUGUUUGUGUACACAUUGGGUCGAAUUGUAUUUUAAUGUAUAGGUGCAUAUACAGGAUGAUUUAUGAAGGCACAGAUGGAAUGACUCAAGAGUCCAUAGAAGUGCUAACUCAUUUCAUUUGAUUUGAUAAUACGUGCACUGCAUGAGGGAGUACGUGUAUUGCCAUCAUAAGGUAUAAGAGAAUGAAAAUAAUCUUCAGACCUGAGGAACAUUGUUCGUUGGAGACAGGGAGCACCGGCUAUCAAUUGGAUGGUCUUUGAAUGUGGGUCAGUUUAUGAAGCCUCAGUUCUGAAAAUAAACCUUAGUUCUGUGAAAAGGAAAGAACAAAUUUGAGAUCAGGAACGAGGUGCCAAUGCAGAACCUCUCACUGCAACACAGCCUCAUUCUAUAACAGGGGUCACCAACCUUUCAGAACAGUAAUAGAGAUGUAGCCCUGUUAGUCUGGUCUUACUGAAACAAAAGACAGGACUAUGCAGCACUUUA